CCGGGAGUUUCCGUGAAACCGAAAGUAAACAGUUGGUAUGUUAAUAACGGGCGUUACGCCCUCCAUUGUCUUUUAUCGACGGUUCCCAAUAUUUGUAUGAGACACAAAUCACAAAUAUUAAGAGUAACAGUGAGAAGUGUUUGGAUUUAACUAACUUUGUGCAGGUUGCUGUUUCUUGCAGGAGGUUGAAGAUGCUGCUGUUUCUCCUGCUCCUUAUUAGCGGUUCCCAGCAUUCCCUGGCUGAGGUGGUGGAAGUGUAUAAGGAGGCUACGUCCGUCUUGGUGCCCUGCCAGUACUCGGGUAUUAUUCCUGAGAACAAUCCCACAGUGAUGUGGGCUCGUAACGAUCUUGAUCCCAAAUGUGUUCACCUGCGACUAGAAGAAGGAGAUGAUCUCAAAAUGCAAAACCAGCGUUACAGGGGGCGCACAUCAAUGACGUCUGACGCUCUGGAAACUGCAGACUUCAGCCUCACCCUCAGAAAACCAGAACUGAGCGACAGCGGCAUCUACACCUGCUCCAUCAGUGAUGGAAGAGAAAAACUGGGACAGAGAAACAUAGAGCUAAAGGUCAAAGACCAUCAGGUGAAGAUAAAAGUGGAGAAAGGGUCACACUCCGUCAUCCUGCCCUGCAAAACAACACCUGAACUGCCUGAUGACACGAGAGUGGAGUGGACUCAUUUGGAUGUAGAAAUCAUGAUGGUCCAUGUGUAUUCAAACAAAAGUGAGAACCUUAAGAAACAGGACGACCUUUACUGUGGUCGCACAAAGAUGAAUAAAGACCUGCUGAGAACUGGAGACCUCAGUCUGACCCUGAAAUACCCCACAGAGAGAGACAGUGGAGGAUACAUCUGCACCAUCUACAGGGACAAAGACAUCCUGAGACAGAAAGUAGUGCUGCAGGUCAAAGAACCAUUUCCAUCCUGGGCCAUAGCUCUCAUAAUUCUUCUGGUUCUUCUUGUUUCUGGAGGUCUUCUAUUUUAUUUCCGGCACUAUUUCAUGUCAGGUUACAAGGUGGUGGUGGAUUCAGGGGUGGAGUCUGUCCAGCUGCCCUGCAAAAUCAUUCUUCCCCCAGCUAACAAUGCUAAAGUGGAGUGGCAGAACAGAAACAACAGGAUCGUCCACGUGUAUGAGAACGGCUCUGAUCAGCCUGGAGAACAGGACGAGGUUUAUAGAGACCGAACAAAAAUGAAGAGAAACUUACUGGAACCUGGAGACUUCAGUCUGACCCUGAAAUACCCCACAGACAAAGACACAAACACCUACACCUGCACCGUCUACAACAGGGCACUGAAAAGCCCAUUGAGGAAAAACGUCGAGCUGAUAGUCAGAGUCCCCGAGGUUGUCAAAGUGGAUUCAGGGAAGGCUGUUGUCGAGCUGCCCUGCAAAGCCACUGUUCCCCUGCCUGAAGAUGCAAAAGUGGAGUGGAUAGACGGUGAUAAUGACAAGGUUCACGUGUAUCAGAACGGCUCUGACCAGCCUGAUGAGCAGGAUCAGAUUUAUAGAGACCGAACUAAGAUGAAUAAAGACCUGCUGAAAACGUCUGGGGACGUCAGCCUGACCCUGAAGUACCCCACAGACAAUGACAUCACAACCUACACCUGCACCGUCUAUAACAGUAAAGGAAAUGUCCUAAUGAAGAAACAAGUGAUGCUCAAGGUCAAAGUUCACCAGCAGGAGGAGACUUCAGGAAAGGAGUUUGUCAAGCUUCCCUUUAAUAUCAAACCUGAUCUGCUUGAAGGAGCUAAAGUGGAGUGGACAGACAAGGACAACAGGAAGGUCCAGGUGUAUCACAACACCUCUGACCUUAAUGAAUUACAGCAUCGUUUUUACAGACACCGAACAGAGAUGAAUGAAGGUCUCAUCAAAGCUGGAGAUCUUAAUUUAACACUAAAACACCCCACAGACUGGGACAGUGGCAUCUACACCUGUACUGUCUACAACAGGUAUAGAAAGAUCCGGAUGAAGAAACAAGUGGAGCUGAAAGUCAGAGUCUGUCAGGUAGAGGUGGAGGAGGGGGCAGAGUCUGUCCAGCUGCCAUUCAAAACCACAGAAAACCUGCCUGAAGAUGCUAAAGUGGAGUGGAGACACUAUGACCCAUUUAGGACCAUUUAUGUGUAUCAAAACGGCUCUGACCAGCCUGACAAACAGGACCAAGCUUAUGUGGACCGAAUACAGAUGAAUGAAGACCUGCUGAAAACUGGAGACCUCAGUCUGACCCUGAAGCAGCCCACAGUGACAGACAGUGGAGAAUACAGAUGUGAAGUGGACAGCACACAGAUCUACAGAUACAAAACUGUGCUGCUCAAAGUCAAAGGGAGAGUUCAGGUCCAGGAUCAAACAGGGGACAUCAGGAACAGAAGCAGCUCCAUUGAUCCGACUCCUCUGAUGGCUGAUCAAUCAGUUUGAUCUGUGUGUUCUUUGAUUAUUGAUCAGUGUCGUAUGUGAUACUGAAUAUAUCUGAAAGCGACUGCUGUUUGAAUGGUCAUGUGGCAUUAAAUCCUUCUUUUACGUCACUGACACAAGACAGACGCCAAUUAUUACCGCUAAGGAAGCGCCUGAGAACGCUUCCUGGCCAUCCAGUGAAGCUGUUGGGAAGACAACGCUGGAGAAACGUGAACAUUUUAUUUGUGAGGAAUGGGACAAAAUAAUUUCUAGGUUCAUAUGGCAGGGGAAAAAACCACGGAUUAAGUACCAAACUAUCCAGUUAGCUAAAGAUAAAGGGGGGUUGGGGUUCCCAUGUUUGAAAGAUUAUUAUAUUUCAGUUCAAUUUAGGAUAUUAGUGUGUUGGUGUAAUGCAGACUACCAAGCGAGAUGGAAAGAAAUAGAAACAGAAACAGAGGCCUUAAAAGAUUUUCCAAUUCAGGCAAGUUUAGGAGAUGUGAGACUUAUUAAAAAACAAAUUAAUCAAGGAAACCAAUGGAUUAACUUGCCUUUAAAACUUUGGUCACAAUUUCUUAAUAGGAACGAUUGGAAUGAAGAGGCCAGGAUUUUAAGAUGGUGCGCUUAUGAUUUUGACUUUUUACCCAAUAAGUUAGAUGUAAGAUAUAAAAAAUGGGCAGGACAAGGCUUAAUGGCAUAUUGUAUGUUUUAUGAUAUGGGAAUUCUUAGGGACUUCCAAUCACUAAAAGAUCAAUACCAGUUAAGCAAAAUGGAUUUUUUUAGAUUUCUCCAAAUUAGGCAUCACAUACAUAACUUUAUACCUAAAAGAACAGAUCUUUUCUCUCUUCCUGUUUUGAAUAUAUUUGUCAAGGCUUACCAGGCAGAUCCUGGCCUCAAGGUGAUUUCUAGAUUGUAUAAGGGUAUACAAGAGGUUAAGAAGUGGAAUACUGCCUACAUUAAAAAAAUGGGAAAGGGAAACAAAUACAGCAAUUUUAAAUGAUAUUUGGUAUCAGCAGUGUGUUUUUCAGUGGAGAAUUUCUAGUUCUAAUAUAUGGAGAUGUUUUGGUUGGAAGAGUCUCUGUAGGUUUUUUAUUACCCCUGCACAAAGUAAACAUUAUUCUAUUCACUCCAGCUGUUGGAGAAAAUGUGGGGCCCAAGGAAUAAAACAUUUCCACUUGUUUUGGUCAUGCCCAUUGAUCAACACUUUUUGGGUAUCGAUUCAUUCUGAGUUACAGAUCAUUUUUAGUAUGCAACUUCCCUUUAAUUGGGAUGAACUUUUGUUUGGAUAUUUAUACUCUGUGAAUGUAGAUAAAACGUCCAAGCUGUUGUAUGGUAUUCUGAGUCUGGCUGCCCGUAAGACUAUUACCAAGAAAUGGCUUAGUGUGAAAAUUCCAUCACUUAAUGACUGGUAUGAGAUUGUUUAUGGGAUGUUUAAAAUGGAAAGAAUUACUUUCAUUAAUAGACUCCAAUAUGACAUAUUUAAUGAUAUUUGGGAUAAAUGGAAACAUUACAUUUUGUCAAGGAGAUCCGAUUUUGUUUGAAUCUCUGUAAUUAUUUAUGCCAUAUUUCUGAAUGGUUAUGUGUAUAAAUGUAUUUGUCAUUAUGUAUGAGUGUAUAGGCGAAUACAUAUGUAUGUAGGUAUGUGUAUGUAUGACUAAGUAUAGUGUGUGUAUACACACUAGAUGGUACACCCGUUUGUUUAUUUUUGAUUAUUUGAUUAUUUUGGGUUAUCUGUGCUCUUAUAGGUUGUUUAUCAAAAAAUACAAUAUAAAAAAAGAACAUUUUAUUUGUACUGUAUCAUCUGCAGAUUCUGACAGAAAUCUGCAACUAUCCUUUGAAGCACCGCUCCUC